UAAUAACAGAAGCUCCAUCGGAAAAAUGCCGGUGGCCGUGCGUCUUGUGGAGACCCUGACCCUGAUCACCAUAAUGGGACUAAUCACCUGCAUCGGCCUCAGCGUGAUCCUGGCCCAAAAAACCCUCAGUAUGACCAUUACGUUUUUGGAGCCCGCAGCGAAUAUUGCCAAUAUGGUUUUAGUUUUGACUGAGAAAGUACUGGUGUCUUCACUGCUCUGCGUUUUGGGUCUCACGAAUAUUGUGGGAAAUGCCCUCCAAGGAGCUGGAAUCGCCUGACGAUCGGUCUUCUCAGAUGCUCCAGUUUGCCCCCACUAACUUUCGGUUUCCUGAUCAAUGUUCGACUCUGUUGUAUGCCCCAAAAUUCUCAAUAUAUUAUUCGCCUUACGUUUUAUUAUGCCA